UCUCUUUAAGGAUUCCAUUUACUAUACUCAAUCUCAAGUUUCACCUGCAAUCUGAGCUUCAAUCAUGGCUGCUUUAGUGUAUGUAGUGCUUUUCUUGGCCCUCACUGGCCAUUCAAGUAAGCCACAGCUCCUUCUUUUACCUGUUUUUCAUAACUUUGAUCUUAUUAUUGCUCAUGUGAAGGUUGCAAAUCACUACAACCCUUUUUUUUUUUCAAUCAAAGUUUCAGUCUUUAAUAUGUUUUGCUUCAAUUUGAUAGUGAAAGUUUCUUUCUUUUUCAAUUUGAGAAAAAGGGUCACUGAAACUGAUGGUCUUGAUGAACUGGGUUUUGUGGAAACAGGUGCUACUUAUUGCUUGUGUAAAGAUGGGGUUAGUGAUGCUAAUCUUCAGAAGGCACUGGACUAUGCUUGUGGAGCUGGAGCUGACUGUUCACCAAUCCUUUCAAGCGGUACGUGUUACAACCCCAACACAAUCAAAGAUCACUGCAACUGGGCUGUUAAUAGCUACUUCCAGAAAAAGGGUCAAACCCCAUUGAGCUGUGACUUUGCUGGAACUGCCACUCAGAGCCAAACUCCUCCAACCACAAGUUCCACUUGUGUUUAUCCUUCAAGUGCCAGUAAUUCCACCACAAACUCAACCACCACAACUCCAAGCACAACACCAAGCACUACUCCAACCACAGGCACAACCCCAACCGCAACUCCAACCAACGGCACGACCACGGGUACAACAACCCCCAGUACAACUCCAUCAGUCUUUGGAAUAAGCCCAACGAGUUCUUUCACUGAUUCAAGCCCUGGUUUAGCUCCUCACUUCAUCGCAGCAGCAGCAACUCUCUGCUUUUCCGCAUUUUUGUUGCUAUGGGGUUGAGGGAGUGAUUGGUGGGAUUUGAUAUGUGGAUGAGAGUUCACUACUUCAGUAUUCAGAAUGGUUAUGGACUUAUGGUGGGUACGGAUGUAAUAUGAUAUGACAUUUGGACUGUGCAGAGGCAAACCCCAUUAGGGUUUUCUUUUUCUUCUUUGUUUUUUCUUUGCUCCAAUGUGAAAAAGCUGGGGAAUCGGAUUCCCAUUUUGAGUGGUGAUGAUACAUGACUGCUACUGCUGCUAGUGCUCUGUUGGGGUAGAGAAGAACCUAAUCUUUCUUUUUAGAUUUUGUAUAUGUAUGAAUGAGAGCCAGAGCCCUUAUUUUUUAAUUUAAUGGAACCACUCUAUUCUAGCAUUGCUGCUAUUAUUUACGUAAUGCUUGUGUUUGUU